AUCGUUUGUAUUGGUUCGUUAGCAGAAUUAGAAGAAUUAUCUGGAUGUGAUAAAUUGACCGAUAUUCAUCGUGAUAAAGUUGAUCACAUAACUAUCCCUUCAAAGAAGGGAAACGGUCAAUUGAGAAGAGUAGAAGAAGUUUUUGACUGCUGGUUUGAAUCUGGCAGUAUGCCUUAUGCCCAAUGUCAUUAUCCCUUUGAAAACAAAGAAAAAUUUGAAUCAUCUUUUCCUGCUGAUUUUAUCGCAGAAGGAUUAGAUCAAACCCGUGGAUGGUUUUAUACUCUUAUGGUCUUGUCGACUCAUUUGUUUGAUAAACCUGCAUUUAAAAACUUGAUUGUUAACGGUUUGGUUUUAGCAUCCGACGGGAAAAAGAUGAGCAAACGGCUCAAAAAUUAUCCCGAACCCACGUCUAUCAUCAAUAAAUAUGGUGCUGAUGCUUUGAGAUUAUAUCUUAUUAACUCUCCGGUAGUUCGUGCCGAACCCUUGAAAUUUAAAGAAGAGGGAGUCAAAGAAGUUAUUUCAAAAGUGUUUUUACCUUGGUUUAAUGCUUAUAGAUUCUUCAUAUCACAAGUGGAAUCAGGUAUAGAAUUCCUUUACAAUCCAUCGGCUAAGCAAUCAACCAACGUUAUGGAUAGAUGGAUUUUAGCGUGUUCACAAAGUUUGAUAAAAUUUGUUCGAGAAGAGAUGAAAGUGUACCAUUUAUACACAGUCGUGCCUCGACUACUUAGUAUGAUUGAACAGUUGACAAAUUGGUAUGUUAGGUUUAACCGCAAGCGUUUGAAAGGAGAAAAUGGUUCUGAAGAUGCUGUGAACGCGCUAAAUGCACUCUAUGAAGUAUUGUUUACCUUAAGUCGUUCUAUGGCUGCAUUUACUCCUUUCCUUACUGAAUAUAUGUAUCAAAGUUUACGAAAAUAUCUUCCAUCAUCUAAUUCUACCGAAGAUGUUCGCUCAGUGCAUUUCUUAUUGUUCCCGGAAGUUCGAGAAGAGUAUUUCGAUUUAGAGAUUGAGAGAUGUGUUUCACGUAUGCAAUCAGUUAUAGAAUUGGGCCGUUAUAUUCGUGAGAAAAAAAAUAUUGGACUUAAGACACCUUUAAAAGAACUGAUUGUCAUUCAUUCGGAUCCUCAAUAUCAUUCUGAUGUUCUAUCGCUAAAGAAUUAUAUUGUUGAGGAACUAAAUAUUAAAAAUCUUAUUGUCACAUCUGACGAAGAUAAAUAUGGUAUUAAAUAUCGAGUAGAAGCCGACUUGAAAGUAUUGGGUCAGAAACUGAGAAAGGACCUUAAUAAGGUUAAAAAUGCUUUACCUGAACUUACCUCCGAGCAAGUUAAAGAAUUUGUUCAAACUAAAGAGAUUAUGAUUAACGGAAUUAAAAUCGUCGAAGAGGACCUGCAAGUGAUCAGAUAUUUCAAGGAUGCUAAUAGUCAUUAUGAAACGAACAAUGAUAAGGAUGUCUUGAUCCUUUUGGACGUACAAGUUUAUCAAGAUUUACAAGAAGAAGGAUGUGCACGAGAAAUUGUUAAUCGUGUGCAAAGGCUUAGAAAGAAGGCGGGAUUACAUCCUUUUGAUCCAGUUUUAAUGUAUUAUAAAUUUACAAAAGACAUUGAUAAUCAAAUUGAAAAGGUCUUAAAAUCUCAAUCGGAUUUUAUUAUUAAAGUUUUGAAACGUCCUCUUUUACCUGUUUCUGAAAAAUCCGAAG